GAAACAGUUGAAUAUGCCUUCCUCAUCAUUUUCACUAUUGAGACCUUUCUGAAGAUUAUCGCUUAUGGUUUGGUUAUGCACCAGAAUGCAUAUGUGAGAAACGGCUGGAACAUGCUGGAUUUUGUCAUUGUGGUUAUCGGACUCUUCAGUGUUGUCUUGGAAUUUUUGACCAAAGAUGAGAAGCUGGAAGGUGACGGAGCCAGUAGCCAUCCGUCUACGCAUGGCCACGGGGGUAAGUCCGGUGGAUUUGACGUUAAAGCCCUUCGAGCCUUCCGUGUGCUGCGACCCCUGCGGCUGGUCUCAGGAGUACCCAGUUUACAGGUGGUGUUGAACUCCAUCAUUAAAGCCAUGGUUCCUCUGCUGCACAUUGCCCUCCUUGUCCUGUUUGUCAUCAUCAUCUAUGCCAUUAUUGGCCUGGAGCUUUUCAUCGGUAAAAUGCACGCAACCUGCUAUAUAGCCGGAACAGAUUUGAUAGCAGAGGACGAACCAGCUCCCUGUGCGAUCUCAGGGCACGGGCGGCAAUGCCCCAUCAACGGCACCCACUGCAGAGAAGGAUGGCACGGCCCCAACGGGGGCAUCACCAACUUCGACAACUUUCUGUUUGCCAUGCUCACGGUGUUUCAGUGCAUCACUAUGGAGGGCUGGACAGACGUGCUGUACUGGAUGAACGAUGCUAUGGGCUUUGAGCUUCCAUGGGUUUACUUUGUCAGUCUUGUGAUCUUCGGCUCCUUUUUCGUUCUUAACCUGGUUUUGGGUGUGUUGAGCGGAGAGUUCUCCAAGGAGAGAGAGAAAGCCAAAGCUCGAGGAGACUUCCAGAAGUUGCGUGAGAAGCAGCAGCUGGAGGAGGACCUGAAGGGCUACCUGGACUGGAUCACUCAGGCUGAAGAUAUUGACCCUGACAACGAGGACGAGGCUGAGGAGGGGAGCAAGCGGAACCGGGUGACUCUGGCUGACCUCACUGAGAAGAAGAAAGGAAGGUUUGGGUGGUUCAGCCAGUCGUCCGACACUCAUGCGAGCGUGCCAGCCAGCGAAACAGAAUCUGUGAACACCGAGAAUCAGAACGGGGAGGAUGAAAAGACACCCUGCUGUGGACCUUUGUGUCAAAAAAUUUCAAAGUCAAAGUUCAGUCGGCGCUGGCGCCGCUGGAACAGGUUCUGCCGCAGGAAGUGCCGUUUGGCUGUGAAGUCGGUACCUUUUUAUUGGCUGGUCAUCAUCCUGGUGUUUCUCAACACCCUCACCAUCUCAUCAGAGCAUUACAACCAGCCUAUGUGGUUAACACAAGUGCAGGAUGUGGCAAACAAGGUGCUGCUGGCCCUCUUCACGUGUGAAAUGUUAGUAAAGAUGUACAGUCUGGGACUGCAAGCCUAUUUUGUGUCCUUGUUCAACCGCUUCGACUGCUUUGUGGUGUGCGGAGGAAUCACUGAAACCAUUCUGGUUGAGCUGGAAAUCAUGUCUCCUCUUGGGAUUUCCGUGUUCCGCUGCGUCCGUCUGCUGAGGAUCUUUAAGGUCACACGGCAUUGGCAGUCUCUGAGUAAUCUGGUGGCAUCUCUGCUCAACUCCAUGAAGUCCAUUGCUUCCCUGCUGCUGCUCCUCUUCCUCUUUAUCAUCAUCUUCUCCCUGCUGGGCAUGCAGGUGUUUGGUGGAAAGUUCAACUUUGACGAAACCCAGACGAAGAGGAGCACCUUUGACAACUUUCCUCAAGCCCUUCUCACAGUGUUUCAGAUCCUGACUGGAGAAGACUGGAACGCUGUCAUGUAUGAUGGGAUCAUGGCGUACGGAGGCCCCUCCUCCUCUGGGAUGAUUGUGUGCUUUUACUUCAUUAUUCUCUUCAUAUGCGGAAACUAUAUCCUCCUGAAUGUCUUCUUGGCUAUUGCUGUGGACAAUCUGGCAGAUGCGGAGUCUCUCAACACAGAUGAAGGAGACAAAAAAGGGGACAAAAAGGAUGAUGACAAAGAUGAAAAGGAAGAGGAGGAAGAGGAGGACAAUGAUGACAAUGGCGCCGAUGAAGAAGACCCAGAGGUUCCAUCCGGUCCGCGGCCGGUCAUCGCUGACCUGGUAAAGAAGGAAAAGAUCAUUCCGAUCCCAGAGGGAAGUGCCUUCUUCAUCUUCAGUAACACAAACCCGGUUCGGGUGUUUUGUCACCAACUCAUCAACCACCACAUAUUCACCAACCUCAUCCUGGUGUUCAUCAUGCUCAGCUCGGUGUCACUCGCUGCCGAAGACCCGAUCCGCAACUUCUCCGCACGUAACAUUAUACUUGGUUACUUUGACUAUGCUUUCACCGCUAUCUUUACUGUUGAGAUCGUGUUGAAGGUCCUAGGCUAUGCAGAUUAUGUCUUCACUAGUAUGUUUACAUUUGAGAUCGUAUUGAAGAUGACAACAUAUGGAGCUUUUCUACAUAAAGGAGCUUUCUGCAGGAAUUACUUCAACCUCCUGGAUCUCUUGGUGGUGGGGGUUUCUCUCGUCUCCUUUGGCAUUCAGUCUUCAGCCAUCUCCGUCGUGAAGAUCCUUCGAGUUCUUCGAGUGCUUCGACCCCUGAGGGCCAUCAAUAGAGCCAAGGGCCUUAAACACGUUGUUCAGUGUGUCUUUGUGGCAAUCAGAACUAUCGGCAACAUCAUGAUCGUCACUACUCUGCUUCAGUUCAUGUUUGCAUGUAUAGGUGUUCAGCUAUUUAAGGGAAAAUUCUACCGCUGCACAGAUGAGGCCAAAUCCACUUCAGAAGAAUGCAAAGGCACCUACAUCCUGUACAAGGAUGGAGAUGUUAACCAGCCGACGAUCCACAGGCGGGUGUGGCACAACAGUGACUUCAACUUUGACAACGUCCUCAUGGCCAUGAUGGCUCUCUUUACUGUGUCCACGUUUGAAGGCUGGCCGGCGUUGCUUUACAAAGCCAUCGACUCCAACAGGGAGAAUCUGGGACCCAUUUACAACUACCGAGUGGAAAUUUCCAUCUUCUUCAUCAUCUACAUCAUUAUCAUUGCUUUCUUUAUGAUGAACAUCUUCGUGGGUUUUGUCAUUGUCACAUUUCAAGAACAAGGAGAGAAGGAGUAUAAAAACUGUGAACUUGACAAGAACCAGCGUCAGUGCGUGGAGUAUGCUCUAAAGGCCCGUCCGCUGAGGAGAUACAUUCCCAAGAACCCAUACCAGUACAAGUUCUGGUAUGUGGUGAACUCCACUGGCUUUGAGUAUAUCAUGUUUGUGCUCAUCAUGCUCAACACACUCUGCUUGGCCGUACAGCACUACGGCCAGUCAGCACUUUUUAAUUAUGUAAUGGACAUUCUCAACAUGGUCUUCACUACUGUAUUCACUGUGGAAAUGUUUCUCAAGCUCAUCGCAUUCAAACCAAGGCACUAUUUUGCUGAUGCUUGGAACACAUUUGAUGCCUUAAUUGUUGUCGGUAGCGUCGUCGAUAUUGCUAUCACUGAAGUUAAUAAACUUGUAGAGCCAACGGAGACUCCUCAGGUGGAUGAGAUGGGGAACACAGAGGACAGUGCUCGCAUCUCCAUCACCUUCUUUCGUCUGUUUCGAGUCAUGCGGUUGGUCAAACUCCUCAGCAGAGGAGAGGGUAUUCGCACAUUGCUCUGGACUUUCAUUAAGUCCUUCCAGGCUUUGCCGUAUGUUGCUCUUUUGAUAGCCAUGUUGUUUUUCAUCUAUGCCGUCAUCGGCAUGCAGGUUUUUGGAAAGAUUGCCAUGGUCGAUGGCACCCAAAUUAACAGAAACAACAACUUCCAGACCUUCCCCCAGGCUGUGCUUCUCCUCUUUAGGUGUGCCACAGGUGAGGCGUGGCAGGACAUUAUGUUGGCCUGUAUGCCGGGGAAACUGUGUGAUCCAGAGUCGGACUACAACCCCGGGGAGGAGAUGACUUGUGGCAGUGGAUUUGCAAUCAUUUAUUUCAUUACUUUCUACAUGCUCUGUGCUUUCUUGAUCAUCAAUUUGUUUGUGGCCGUCAUCAUGGACAACUUUGACUAUCUGACACGUGAUUGGUCCAUUCUUGGUCCUCACCACCUCGACGAAUUCAAGAGGAUCUGGUCAGAGUACGACCCUGAGGCAAAAGGACGAAUCAAACAUCUAGAUGUGGUGACCCUGCUUCGACGUAUACAGCCCCCUCUUGGGUUUGGUAAACUGUGUCCUCACAGAGUGGCCUGCAAGAGGCUGGUAGCCAUGAACAUGCCACUCAACAGUGAUGGGACAGUCAUGUUUAAUGCUACCUUGUUUGCCCUGGUGCGCACAGCUCUGAAAAUAAAAACUGAAGGUAACCUGGAGCAAGCCAAUGAAGAGUUGCGAGCGGUCAUCAAGAAGAUCUGGAAGAGAACCAGCAUGAAGCUGCUGGAUCAAGUGGUGCCUCCUGCUGGUGAUGAUGAGGUAACCGUGGGGAAGUUCUAUGCCACCUUCCUGAUACAGGACUACUUUAGGAAAUUCAAGAAACGUAAAGAGGAAGGCCUGGUGGCUGCACACCCCUCCCAGAACAACACGGCCAUUGCCCUACAGGCUGGCCUUCGCACGCUGCAUGAUAUUGGGCCCGAAAUUCGCCGAGCGAUAUCAUGCGACCUGCAGGAUGACGAACUAGUAGACUUUAUUCCAGAGGAAGACGAGGAAAUUUAUAGGCGUAACGGCGGCCUCUUUGGUAACCAUCUCAUGAACGGUGGCCAUCGACGAACCAACGGGCAUCAAACCAACACCACACAGCGCCCCCUGCAGGUGCAGCCUCCGCCUCACUACGCUCACAUGGAGCAGCCGGUGGGGCGUCUUUCUCGAGCCAAUGCAAUGGCUCACCCCAACCACCAUCAUCACCAUCACCACCAUCACCACCGCCACCAUAACUCCUAUGGCAAAUCUCCUAAAUCCACCAACAUCAACUUGAACAACGCCAACAUGUCCAGUCUGGCCAACGGAGGGCACCAUAUCUACUACGAACGCGCUCCUCCUAAUGGUUACCCAGGUUUACGCACCUCCUAUUACGACUAUAACAAGCCACGGACGCCCCAGGGUCAAAGAAGGCGCUACUAUGAGACGUAUGUUAGGUCUCAGAGAGGAGACGGCCAUCACCCCACUAUCCGCAGAGAAGAGGAGAUUGAUGAGGACCGCUUCUCUGGGGAAUAUUUCAGUGGGGAGGAGUUUUAUGAGGAGGACAGUAUGCUGUCGGGGGAUAGGUAUCAGACCAGUGACACGGAGUAUGAAACUCCUAAAGGCUACCAUCACCCUGACAGUUACUAUGAUGAUGAUGAGCAGCCUCUGUACCGGGACUCGCGGAGGUCUCCGAAGAGAAGACUGCUUCCUGCCACACCUCAAGGUGCCGCAUGUAACAGAAGGCCUUCCUUUAACUUUGAGUGUUUGCGUAGACAAAGUAGCCAAGAUGAGCUUCCACAUCAGCGUACUGCUCUACCACUGCACCUUAUGCAGCAUCAGGUUAUGGCUGUAGCAGGCCUGGACUCCAGCAGAGCCCACUGCCUCUCCCCUACCCGCUCCACUCGCUCCUGGGCCACACCUCCCGCCACCCCAGCCAGUAAAGACCAGUCGCCGUACUACACCCCUCUCAUCCGCGUGGACCGCCCACACAGGGAGAGCAUCUCUGGCAGCCAUGUGUCUGUGCGCAAGAGCUCCUGGUACACAGACGACCCUGAGUUUUCCCAAAGGACGUAUUCACCCAUCCACCUGCAGGUGCCCCCGGAGUACCACAACCAGUACCACCAGAAGAGAGGCAGUGCAACCAGCCUUGUAGAAGCGGUUUUGAUAUCAGAGGGGCUCGGGAGAUACGCCAAGGAUCCCAAAUUUGUUGCUGCCACAAAGCACGAGAUAGCAGAUGCAUGUGAGAUGACAAUAGACGAGAUGGAGAGCGCAGCCAGCCACCUGCUGAGCGAGGGGAUCGCCCCUGGGAUUAAUGGGGUCAACGUGUUUCCCCUGCUGAACCCCAGGGACUACGAGCUGCCGGACACUGGAGCCAGUUACAGUGACGAGGAGCCAGAGACAGAACUCAGAGGUCCUUAUGAGGAGGACCUGGCGGAUGAGAUGAUCUGCAUUACGACUUUAUAGCAUCGGCUGGGUGGGGGUCACGUCUGCAGAUCUAAUCUGAACGUCAACAUUUUUAAAUAAGAAAUGCAUCUGUUGGCUCCAACCAAAAGAAGUGCCUUUUUACACAGAGCAGAAAAAAAGGCAUACAGAAGGAAGAAGCGCCACAGAAGUCCUGAACGUUGAAUUUACCUCCUGCCAGUAGAGGAGGCGAGAGCAAAGCACCGACUGAAACUCUCUGUUGAAGAUCGUCACCUGGAGGGAACACAGCCUGCAGCCAAUCGGGGGGCCAGGACACUGAUGCCAUGGAGAGAGACGAGCCAGAGCUGGCAACGGUGUGAGACGCUCUGCAUGGCGGGUCUCCAAGGGUGAUGACAAUCAGAUGUAUGAUGUCAUUACCUCAGUCACUUUAUUAAGGUUCGGCAUAUCAUGCAAGUUUUCAAUGCAAGCAUAGUGAGGCAUAUCUAGUCGUGUAGUGUUCGAGAGGGCGGGAGGGUUGUCUUAGGAAUCGCUGAAGCUAAUCGAAAAUGUCGAGUUGUAACAGAUUAUGCAGGAAUUAUCUAUCCUACUUUUAGCAUCAUUCAACUUGAGUUGUGUGAGUUUAAAGAAA